UCGGAUGUAAAUCCUAGUAGAGAUAAACUAGGAUCCUUUCUUACUUAGCUUGCACGACAAGCAUAUUGUAACAAACCUUGUAAUCUGUUCGGCAUUGCCGCUAUUUAACACCGAACCGUGGAGGCCAAGGGCAUCCCACGUUAACCCUAAACUUCACAUGGUAAUCAUAGCCCCUAUUCCACCGAGAAAACACAUCUAGCAAACCAACCACCUUCCAUCGAUGACCUCCUCCUCAUCUGCCCCUGCGCCGGCGAGCCUUGGCCCGCCUGUCUCCGAGAAACUUACUCGGGAUAACUUUUUACUUGGGACAACUUUCUUCUCUAGAAGGCACAGAUCAUGCCUGCCAUCCAUGGAGCUCAGCUGAUCGACAUCCUUGAAGGGAAAUCUGUGGAGCCUUCAACCAAGACCCUGAAGAUCACCAAGGAGAACAAGACGGUGGAGGUCGUGCCCAAUCCAGUCUACGUGACAUGGGUGGCACAAGAUCAGCAACUACUUGGAUACCUUCUGAAUUCGCUGACAAAGGAUGUGCUCGCUCAAGUAGCGACACUGACAUCCUCAGCAGAAGUUUGGGUGGUCCUUGAAGGGAUGUUCUCUGCCCAGUCUCAUGCACGCGCAACUCAUCUGCGCAUGCAGUUGGCAAGCCUCAAGAAGGGCGGGAUGACCGCCACGGUGCACGUCGCGAAGAUGAAGGCAAUUGGUGAUGAGCUUGCCACCGUUGGCAAGGCUGUCGGGGAUGAUGAGAUGAUCUCGUUCAUCCUCAAUGGCUUGGACUCUGACUACAACUCCCUGGUUUCCUCUGUCAUAGGGAGGCUCGACAUGACACUGAGUGAUCUCUACGCUCAGAUUGUGGCCUUUGACAUGCAUCUCCAGAUGCUGGCGGAAAACAACAAUGGUGGAGGCUUCCAAUCCUCCGCCAACUCUGCAUCGCAUGGACGCGGUGGCUUCCAUCCUCGCGAUGGCAACCGUGGCCGUGGUGGUAGUAGUGGUUCUGGAGGUCAUGGCUUCAACAACGGCUUCAACAACAACGCUGGAGGUGCACCCAAGCAAGGAGGACAGUCAACCAAGGUCGCCCGUCAGAUCUGCAAGAAGCCAAAUCAUGAAGCUGAUGAGUGUUGGUACCGCUUUGAGGAAGAUUACCAGCCCAAGGUUGCUGGUUCGGCCACCACCGGCUACGAGGUGGACACAAACUGAUAUGCUAAUAGUGGCCCCUCUGAUCACAUCACCUAGCUGACCGUGUGCGACAAGUACAAUGGACUUGAUCAGGUGCACACCACCAGCGGUUCAGGUGUAGGAUGCGGUGUAAUGGCCAACGGCAUGCGAUGAAGGUCAAGCGAAAGGUUCAUGCCGAUGGACCAAGGGUGGUGAAGGAUGAACGCGAGUAGGCUUGGACCGAUGGACCCGAGGAGUCCGGACGGAGUCAUAAGUGGUCCACAUGGUGCAUGGAAGAGCAAGAGAAAAUAAUGGGAUGGAGAUGGCGGCGGUCGAGUCAAGCGGGAUGGAGGUGAGUCAAGUACGCGGCCUGGGAGCCGGGAGCGAAAGACUUGGAGGCGUCAAAAGCUUGGCGGAGACUGGACACGCGUCGACAUCGAGGAGGUUGCGUGGCGGCCAAGCGGAAAUGGACGGUUUGGGUGGUUUGGGCCUCAAAACCAUAGUGCAGGCAGGUUUGCUGGUUUGGGCCUCAAAACCGGGAGCGAGCCUGGUUCGGCCGGAGCUUCAAGGACGGUACGUGGCAUCAUCGCGAAGCUUGCAUCGAGGCGAAGCAAAGUCGUGAAGGUGGCGUGUCCAUCCGAUGAGCGUAGAAAAACAUGGACCAAAAUACCCCUACGUUGGUAAUUAUCCUAGUUGUAGUUGUAGGGGUAGUUUGAUCCUCCGUCCCAGACUAUAAAUAUGGGUGGAUGGCUGUUAAUUUCAGCACCUCUUGAGAAAACCCUAAUUCAUUUGCUUAGAGGCUAGCCAAGUGCUUAGAGAGAGAGAGGAGAGAGUGGGAGAUGAGAGGGUGAUUGCUCUUUUCUUUUGAUUUCUUCAUUUUAGUGGGUGGAUGAAGGGAGGAGGCUAGUCCUCAUCUUGUAAAGAUGUUGACCUCGUGAUUUAGUUGAAUUUGUGUGUCAAAUUCAUGGCUAAA